GCAUGUCUUUGUAUGAAGGAGGAAACCCAGAUACAGACACAGGGAGAACAUGUGAACUCCACACAGAAAGACCCGAGCUGGACUCGAACCCAGACCUUCUCGCUGGGAGGCAUCAGUGCUGUGCCGAGACACUGUACCGCCUCUUAAUAGUAUUAGUUCAACCCCAAUAUAGGCUAUGGAAUAUUUUUGUUGUUGUUGUUGUAUUUAGCCAAAACUAAUAACGAUCAAAGUGAAAUAGACAGCGCAUCUUCAUCAUUAAAUAGGAGCAAUUCGUGUCAGUGUAUUUUGUGAAUUUCAUUCGCCCACAUGUGGAUAUACCAGUUCAGACACGUUACUGAGAUGAUCAAGAAGUUUUGGAAGAGUUUAUUUUUGGUUUUGGAGUGACGAACUAUGGUAAAGGUUGUGCGCGUCUGUGUUUACAUUUGCAUGUUAAGCUCCUGGUUCAUGGAGUGUAUCUGCAGCGGGAGGUGCAGAGGCAUGACAUGACAGAUGGAUUACAACCUUUUCCCCUCCUUUUUUUUUUUUUUUUUUUUUUUUUGCGGAGGUGGAGCCAGACAUCGCGCUUCGGGCCCCUUCUGAUGGAACUAAGUUCAGUCAAGUUCAGCCAAGUUGUAAUAUCAAAGAGGAAAUAACCCGAGAAGAAAGAAGAAUGGCGAGGUCAAAGGCGAAGGUGUUGACUUGUUGCGCACUGAUUCUUCUCUGUUUGGUUGCUGUCAUUGUGAUUAUUGCUGUUCUUGUGAGGCGCAAGUGCCCAGAGGAGACUUUUUCAAGAGCCGCAGUGGCCGCAGACUCUAAGGCAUGUUCAGAGAUUGGACGGGACAUCCUUCUAAAGGGAGGCUCUGCGGUAGAUGGCGCCAUUGCCGCGCUGCUGUGCACCUCUAUCAUGAACCCGCAGAGCAUGGGGAUUGGAGGAGGGUCUAUAUUCACAGUGAUGGACAGCUCUGGUAACGUGAAAAUCAUCAACUCCAGAGAGACCGUUCCAACUAAUGUGAAACCUGACAUGCUGAAGUCAUGCCCCAAGACUUUCCAGCUCAUGUCAGGUAGCCAAUGGAUUGGAGUGCCAGGGGAGAUUCGUGGAUAUGAACAGGCUCACAAGCUUUAUGGGAAGUUGCCGUGGGCCACCCUCUUCCAGCCGACCAUACAGCUAGCCAGAGAAGGGUUCCCCAUCCCUCAAGUCCAGGGCCGAUACAUCCCGUACAUUGACAACAAUCAGACCCAGUCACUACGGAAAUUGUAUUCGGAUAAGAAUGGGAAGCUGCUUAAGACUGGUGAUAUAGUGAAAUUUGAGAAGCUGGCCAACACUUUGGAGAUGAUUGCAAAUCAAGGUGCAAAGGCCUUUUAUUCUGGAAGAAUAGCAGAGGAUUUAAUCCAGGACAUACGCGAGGCAGGGGGAAUGCUCACGCUGCAGGACUUGGCUUCGUAUAAAGCUACAGUGACUGAUGCGUGGGUUGUUCCUUUGGGAGAGUACCAGAUGCACAUACCCCCACCGCCUGCGGGAGGGAUCAUCCUCAGCCUCAUCCUCAACGUCAUGAAAGGAUAUCACUUGAAUUCAGCUUCUCUGACUGGUGAACAAAAAGCACUGGUGUACCAUCGCUAUAUUGAAGCUUUUAAAUUUGCCAAUGGAUUAAAGAAACACAUCCGGGAUCCACGCUUCAUGUCAGAAGCAAUGGCAAAGAAAUUCACAGAAGACAGCUUUGCCAGCCACAUACGGAGCUUGAUCAGCAGCAGCAAGACUCAUGAUGCCAUGUAUUACAACAUCACCAAGUCUCUGGACGGCAUGGGCACCACUCAUGUGUCUGUGCUGGCUGAAGAUGGCUCCGCCGUAUCUGUCACCAGCACCAUCAACCACAUAUUUGGAUCCAGGGUCUACUCUCCGAGCACUGGAGUCAUCCUCAACAAUGAGCUGUCUGACUUCUGUGGGAAAGCAGAUACCAUCUUUCCUGGGGAACAGCCUCCCUCUUCUAUGGCCCCUGCUGUGCUGAAGUCACCGUCAAAGACUCUGGUGAUUGGAUCGAGUGGUGGGAGUAUGAUUACAACUGGGAUGUCCUCGACACUUAUGAACCACUUAUGGUUAGGGAAGAACCUCAAAGAGGCAAUUGCUACUCCGGUUGUUUUUGUUGAUUCUCAAAAUGCGGUUAAGUUUGAACCCAAGUUUGAUAAGGAUGUGAUUGAGGCUCUUAAAGCUCUGGGACACAAUCAAGAAGCCGCAAAAUUUUUCUACAACGUGGUUAACGCUGUGGAGAAGGAGGACGGAUGUAUCUGUGCAGUGUCUGAUGCCAGGAAGCUGGGAGAAGCAGCUGGUUACUGAGACAGCAAUAAUCAGUGAUGCUGGUUAUACAAGAUGGCCUGAAGAUAACGGAGACCUGCAUGCGGCCACAAAACCGCAAAAUCUGCAUCAGAUGGUGUCUGUCCUGCUGGAAAGUCACUGAACAAGACGCUGAAUAAGAGGCUUCUUCGGCUGAACACCUGUAGUAACGUGCAGCAGUGAAGUACAUGGUCUUUGAACAGGACUGACAGUAACAAUGACCUGAAGGACUCUGCUGGCAAGAAACCAGAUUCCUUGUAUGUGGCGUGUAUGUCAUGCUAUGGUCUUUUAAACCUUCUCUGUUUCCGUUUUGAAUAGUUUCUCCGUCUUACGUGAAUUAAAAGUUUCUUCCUCUGUAUUUCAUGUCUUGCUUUACUUCCUGUUUAUGAUUUCUCCCCUUUGUGAUGUGAUUGGUUUCUCAGUAGUCUCAUCUGUCCACCUGUCUUUGUUCCAGGCUUUUUUUGUCUUACCUGUUUAUACCCUUGUGUUUCCUUGUGUUGCUGUUCAGCUACUUGUGGUCCCAUACCUGUCUCUUCUCUUUCCUUAUGUUAUAUAGUGUGGUAUAGUAUAUUUAAUCUCUUACGUCAUUUCUACAACAUUAUAUUUUUUUAUUUUUUACAUUCGUCUUUCUGGCAUUACGUGUAAUUUACACACCGGCAAAGUUAUUUCUCCCCCACUUCUCCUAUAGGAGCUGCUUAAGUUUUGUUUAUCGAAUACAUAUAAAUGUAUGAAUGUAAUGAUUUUGUUGGGGCCGGGGUCUGUCCCAGGUGUUAUUGGCCGAGAGGUGGGGUACGUCCUGGACAGGUUGCCAUUCCAUCACAGAUUUGUAAUGUUUUUGUGUAAUACUGAAAUAAAAUAUUUACAUUUUUUUUUACAUGCUUUGUAUGAUGUAGUGAUCAAAAUGCAUUGAAAGAAACAAGGAUAAUCUGUGGCUAUCCUAUCCCAGCUGGACAGUGAGAGGCAGGGUACACCCUGCACAGGCUGCCAGUUGUUCUUAAAAAGGCCUGUCUUCUCUGCAACAGAGCUAUCCACAACACCACUGUGCUGCCCCUUUAAAU